AUGGCAUCAUCCAGCCGAGGAAUUCAAAUUGGGUCUGCGUGGUUCCAACGCAAAAUUAAUCUAAGACCACAACACAGAGGCGUACACUUAGUAACAGAAGAAAUCUUAAAACAGAUAUCAGAAAUAUCUCAAUUCUCCGUUGGCUUGUGUCACAUACAAAGUAAGUACCUUUUUUUUUUAAAUCUUUUAUACAUUUGUUUGUUUUAUAAUUUUUUUUAUGAAGUUUAAUAAUAGUAAAAGUAACUAUAGUAGGUGGUUAAAUGGUGGUUUUAAAUCUUAGCAUUAUUUCUGUAGCGGUAUUAAAUAUCUCGUACAACUUAUAUCAUGUUUUAUUCAAAUAGAGAAACAGAUUAAAAAUAGAAUAUAGCUUAUAGAUUAUUAAUUGAGUAGUACCUGCCCAAUAAUGUGUAAUCAAGUAUUGCUUAUUAAUUUAAAAAUUAUGUACAAGAAUCUAACUAAAAUUUUAUUCCAUCCUUAGUAUACUUGUGUAAAUUAAUUAUGAUUAUUUUAUUUAUUAUUAUUUUAGUAUUGCAUACAUCAGCUAGUCUUGCCAUAAAUGAAAGUUGGGAUCCAAAUGUUCGGUAAGAUUACAUUUAUUAUGUUUAUUCAUGUUUUCUUACUGUGUAUAUCUCUACCUGUAAAAUAGAAACCUUUUUAUUUCUGUUAAAUAGUAAUAUCUCUUAAUCUUCAUAAUGAAUAUUUAUCUAAACAAGUUGGUUUACAAUGUUUAUCUAGUACCUAUUAUAUUGUUGUUUGAUUGGAGGAUUAGAUAAAAUAUUAAUACAAAAAUAGACCUACAUAUUUCCAUUCCAUCAGUAUAUACUUUAAAUAUUAUUAUUUAAAAAUCAAUAAUAUUUAUAAACAUCUAGGUACAUUUUUCUUGGUUUUCAUUAUUAAAACAGUAGUUUAUUGUUUGCAAGUAUGUUAUACUGUAUUAACAAUUAGGGUUAUACAAAUUAAAAUAUUAUUAUAAAAAUAUAUUACAAAAACUGCAUUUUGUAAAACCGUCAUACUUAACUUUUUAAGUAGGUAUAUUACUGUAUUUAGUAUAGAUAUUAGUUUAUAGUAUAUUUUUAUUUUACAUUUGAAUAUCUGUGAAUUAUCACAUACAAAAUACCGAACUAACUCUAAAUAAUAUAAAUUUUGACUUAUAUUAUUGUAAGAUUAUUCAAAGUAUUUUUCAAUUCUCAAUGUAUUUAACAAAAUAGAAAAUCUAAUAAUGUAUUAAAAUAGCUUUUAUUAUACAUACAUAUUAAUUUUUCUGUAUAUUUUAUUAAUGGUAAAAAAUACAAAGCACUGUAUAAAUGUUUUUUCGAUCAACUCGUAUUAUACAGUAAUAUAUAUAGGUACAUAAAGUGUAUAUAUUUAUUACAACCCAUAGCAUGGGUUGUAAGCAUGAGUUGUACAAUUCUAAACUAAAAUUUGUCCAACCAAAAGCAAUUAAGGGUUAUAAUAAUUAAUUCCAGAGAUUUCCAUUAAACCUAUUUGAUACAUUUUACAGUAAUUUAAUAAUUCCAAUAACGUUAUGUUAAAUUAAAAUUAUAUGCUUAUAAAAUUACUUUUUUUUAUUUUAGAGAUGAUAUGGAGAUGAUGUUAAAUAAAAUUGUUCCAGAAGUGAGUAAUUUUAAAAAUUAUGUACUAAUUCCAGUAAUCAAUAGAAUCAUAUUCAGUGACGGUUGGUGCUUAGGUGCAAGCGAAAUGUCAUUAACUGAAAACUAUUUUUUUUUUUUACCCAAUCAUAUUAAAUUUUCCAAUAAAUAUAUUGGUGUGCAGUAUUAAGUACAUAUAGUUGACAACUUGAAAUAUAUUGCAACUCUGUGCACAGUUAUUACUGCAAGCCGUUUUAAAAUAAAUGUUAUCUUAUCUAUCUGCAUUUAAUUUUGAGUUUUUUCCAUUUAUAUUCUGGUUUCUGUAUCGAAUGGUAAAUAUUAUUUAAUAAUUGAUGUAUACUAUACAAUUUACUAGUUAUAAAAAAUUCUUUCCUCGUAGAAUUAAUAUGUAAUUAUUCACUUAAUUCUUCAGUAGAAAAUUGUUGAUAAUAAAAUUCUCCUUUUAUACAAAUGAAGAAAAUAUUAAAAUUAAAACAUUGAAAAGACUUCUGCCGAAUUUAAAUGUAAUUAAGGUUACAAAACAAGCAUUAUACUUAUCAUCAUUAUUCUAAAUAUAAUAUUACUUUGUGGAUGUGAUUUGAGAAAUAUUUUUUUUUUUAUUAUUAUUUAUGCACUGCUUAUUUUUAAUACCGCGACCUGCCACUGAUUAUAUCACAUAUUAUUUAAAUUAAAAACUAAGUGAAAUUUAUUGAUUAUAAAUUGUAUGUAUUUUGAUUUCUACUUCGUAGGGUUUACCUUAUCGACAUUCAUGUGAAGGCCCAGACGAUAUGGUAAAUUAGAUAACUUUUCUCUAAAAAUAAAUAUUUUUUAAAUUUAAACUUGUAUUUGUAGCCUGCACAUGUAAAAGCAUGUUUUCUUGGUUCAUCAAUAACAGUGCCCAUUACAGAGGGCAAAUUGAACCUUGGGACAUGGCAAGGUAUUUGGCUGUGUGAACAUCGAAAUCAAGCUGGUAGUCGAAAGCUAGUGAUUACAUUAAAUGGAUCACCAAAUUCAUCUGCGGGUGAUUGUAACAGGUCACCAAUGUCUCCGUCCUCACCAAUGGCUUCAUUAAGCAGUUAG